GAAAAAAUAAAAUGCGAUUUUAUUUUUCCUGCAAAGCUAGCCAAAUGUGACGAAAGUAGUUUCAUAUGGCAAAAUUUCAAGUAGAAACAACUAAUAUUAGAAAAACAUUCAAGCAAUAAUAAAACAAUGCUAUACGAUCACAUCCGUCAAAGUAAGGUCAAAACAUGUCAGACGCAAGAUAGCAUUUUAGAAAAUAUACACGUUCCCCAAAUUUGCAAACAAAAAUAAAAGAGGAAAAGAUGAGGAAAAGACAACGCACGUUUUUUUGAUACUAAAGAAUUAACUCAGUCACUCUCACCGCCGCUCUUUCUGCAGAUUCCUCCUUAUUGAUGGCUCCAAAACGCCAGAGGAGCACCGUUCGUCCUCACUGAUUGGGGGAGAAAAGCAGAGAAAACUCGGCUUUGGAGGUGGUCAGCAAAGUUACUCAAAGUUUUGUCUUUGGCGCGACUCCGGAUCCCGAGCGGCGCGCACAAAACAGUUUGUUUGCAUCACUGAUUUCUUUUAAAGGGAUAUGGACCCUGUUCUGGGGCGACCGCAGGCGUCACGGCAGGAGAAAGCAAUCACAUUUAAAAUACUAAAAGCACAUCAGUGUUGGCUCUUCUGGCCAUCGAGCUUUAAUUAUCACGCUUUUUAGUUGCAUAUUAGGAGAUGAAGUGACGCUAUUUUGCAGGAACAAACACAUAUAAAGAAAAGUCGUUAAGUUCAAUGAUCUAGUAAAUGUUAAUAUAGUGAUAUAACAGCUUAGAAAUCCAAUAUUGUUUUACUUCAUCUCCUAAUGUUGAUUUUUACGCAUAAUCCACACCAGCAGGCUAUAUGUAAAGCGUUUUUAUUUACACUAUAAACCGCUUAAAUUGAUCACAACCGUUACAAGUGGGCCUAAAUUCAUCAAACAGCACCUCACUUCUACGUGAUACACCAGGAUAUGUUGCAUUCCCUCCUAAAUAGGUCAGGUGCAGAAUUAGUUUUGAUCUAGGCAGAUUUUCAACUGUUAAUCGGCUAAUGAGUAUUUCUACUUUUCAUCUCCAAAAGUCACCAUAAUUAAACUUCACAUUAUUCAUAUAUGUUCUGGAGCAUAUUAAACAAAUGAAAAUCUCAUUUCCUUGUGUAUUAUUGAGAUUGUUAAACCCAGUGGAUCCUCAUGGCUGAACAUGUCAACCCUACCGUUGUUUUUGUUUUUCUACUCAAUGCACAUUUUCUCAAAGUCCUGAGAAAAAUAAAGUACAACAUGUCAUGAAAUACUGGGUGUAUCUGUGUGCAUGCACCGGAUUCAAAUUAGGCUUUCCUCCUCGUACAUGUUCAGGGCUCUUCCCCUUUUACUAGGGCGAGGAUGGGGCGUUUGUAGACUGCUCCGUAGUCUGCGUCAUGUGGCCCAGUUUCUGCCGUCCUAUUGGUCAGAGGCACGUGUCUGGGAGGAGGGUGGGAGAACGUCACUCGGGGGGCUCGCAUUGAAAAUAAGAACAAAACUCCAGAGUGAGAGUAUUAGAGCAUCAGUUUAGGAGCCUCUUUAUUUACCCUUAGUUUAGUUUAGGUGUAGGCAUUCCCGAGGACGCACAAAUCGGAUGGUGGUAUAAAUUUGGAUGGUGCGCAAAUGGCAAGCGCUUUAGCUCUAAGAUAUCACUUGUAACCCGAUUUUAAGGGAAUAUAUGAGACAAAUUAUGCUUUUCUCAAAGGACACUACGGCAAGGCUUUGCGUGGUGUCCAAGGCACUCACUGGUAUCUGAGUUGUUUUAUUGAUUUAUUCUACCCGUGCAGUUUUUUGGGGUAAUUUCCCUCAAAGUUCUUCGCAAAAUUUCUUGCUGCGGAGGGAGCGACAAAGGGGUUAAAGAGCAUAAAGUGGGGGGAAGUGAAUCAGUAUGGAAGAAAAUGAUCACGGCAACAGAGAUGCGGUGGAGCGACAGGAGUCCGCGGAUGAAUCCAAUAGAGCCAUCCUCCCCCUGCUACAGGCGCCCGGGAACCUGCAGAUCCCGCACCGGGUCACCAAUUUUUUCAUCGACAACAUCCUCCGGCCGGACUUCGGACGCAAGAAGGACGUGGACGCUCACCUCGAUGAGAGCAGCCCAGCGUCGCGAGAGAGCCGCGGCAGCCCCGCCGCCCCUCAGACUGAGCCGGUGGGCAGCACUGUGCCAGCGGAGGGGACCUCCACUCCACACACAGUCACCGGGCCCAAGAAGCCCGCGAAAGCCGCCGAGGAGUCCCUGAAACCGAGCGGGGAGAGCGGAGACCAGUGCCUAAGCUCAGACUCAGACAGUUCCCAAGCCAGUUCCAACCCAUCCAUGUCGCAGCCCAUGUUGUGGCCAGCCUGGGUCUACUGCACCAGAUACUCGGACAGGCCUUCGUCAGGGCCAAGAUCUCGCAAACCAAAGAAGAAAACGACCAGCAAAGAGGACAAGCGACCACGGACGGCCUUCACAGCAGAGCAGCUGCAGAGACUAAAGUCGGAGUUCCAGACCAACCGGUACCUGACGGAGCAGAGGCGGCAGAAUCUGGCGCAGGAGCUGGGUCUGAACGAAUCCCAGAUCAAGAUCUGGUUCCAGAACAAAAGGGCCAAGAUCAAAAAGGCCAGCGGCACCAAGAACAGUUUGGCCUUGCACCUGAUGGCGCAGGGACUCUACAAUCACGCCACCGUCACGUCGAAAGACGAGAAAUCAGACAGCGAUUGAUUCCCAGAGAAGUAAACAGCAACCUCCUGACGAAAAAGAACCUAUAGUAAUCCUAUGAUAGAUUUAUAUAGAGAUUAAAACUCUACUUACAGGAAUAUUUAAUGUUACCACUGCAGAUACUUUAACUAUCACUCACCAUGGAUGUAUACAAUGGCUCCAAGAAACCAUAACAAAUGAAUAGAUUCCCUACACGAAUUUCUAACCCAACCAUAGGCCUCUAUAGGUUCCUAUGGGAAUAUUAUAGUGAUUUUUUCGUUAUAUGGGAGGUGUAAUCAAGCCUACAAUGCAAUAAUAUGAUCGAAUAAAGGGCCAGUGUAUAGCCUUUACCAGCAUAAAUUGUUUUAAAAAAAACAGAGAUAUUUCUGCAAUAUCACGUCUAUAAAAGAUGUAUAAAGGUACGUUUUCAUUGUUUUUGUCGUCCCCGCCCCCUUCCCGGGGCUACACAUGCUUACACUCUCCAUUUUUAUAAGCCGUAUAAGGAUUACUACUAUCCAUGAUUGUCAUCGUGUUACAUUUUAACUAACUGGCACUUGACGUUUUUACUUGUCAGUAAAGUGGGAAAUUAAUAAAAAGAAAAAGAAAAAAAAAAAAAAGAAAAACUGAAGUCCAAAGAAUAUUUUUCUGCUGCAUCCAGGCUACUGUGAAUUUAAAUAUGCUAACAAGGUUUUUCUAAUGCCAUGCUCGCUUGGUUUUCUUGGUUGAUUUUUGCGUGCAAAGUGGACAGCGAAAUUUGUUAGGGCUAAUUGGGCACUGCAUUAUUAUUAUUUUUUAAUUAUUUAUUUAAUUUUGUUCCCUAAGCGUUGUUGUUGUAAUGCAGUUUGUUGGAAGUGACCAGUGGCGUUUCUUGCAGGAAUGGCACCCUGGGCGAGGUUGUCUUUUGCCCCCCCAAUACAUGUAAAAAACCCACACCCAAAAACUAUUUUACAGAGAAUGUUUUUAUUAUAUAAUUCAGCAGAAUCAUUUAGAGAUACACAUAUUGAACCUAUAAUUGAGUUAAAUUUUUGUUGUUGUUUGUUUACAACACAAAGAGUUGGGGAUGCACAGAUAGACUGGCCAUACAUCAAAAUUGCAUCAUUUGUUUACUUAAUUAUUUUUUUUUACUUUGUGUCUGUAAACACAUCAACUAGCAGUGUGUACUCUGACGUAGUUGUCUUUGGUUCAAAAUCAAGUUAAGGCUAGGGAUAUAUUCUUCAUUCAUAAAUUGCAAUAAUUUUGUACUUCCAACAUUUGCUGUUUGAAUUAAAACUACACCUAUCAAAGAAGCUGCAAAACAUUUUAUUUUCUCUUUGAUGUGUCUUAGUUUGUUAACAUAAAAAAAUCUGAAUUCAUAAAAAUGAGAAUUAGCACCUCAUACCAAGCCGAAUAUUGGCCAGAAAAAAUCAAAUUGGUGCAUCACUAAAAAUAAUCAUUUUUCUCUAAAUAGAGAUAAUACAUAAGAAUUACAGAAAAUAUCAGUAGAGAUUUUUUUUUUACCACUAAUUAUACUAUGCUUUUCAUAAUUUUCUCAGUUUAAGAUGUGUUCUUUCUCCCUUCUGUGUCAUGGCGCACCCAGACCAGGCCGCCCUGGGGAGAUAGCCAUAUCUCAAAAACCGCCACUGGAAGUGAAAGAGCAAAAAAAA